GGUGUGGCGCCGGGAAUGGGGGUCACCGUGGACGUGCGCUGGGUGUACAGGUAUCCCUUCGAGCAGGUGGUCGCCAGCUUCCUCCGCAAGUAUCCCAACCCCAUGGAUAAAAAUGUCAUCUUGGUUAAAACUGUGGAGGAAAAAAGAGAUGUGUCAACAGGGAUCAUCUAUAGAAAGAGGAUUGCAGUCUGUCAGAAUGUGGUUCCAGAAAUUUUAAGGAAGGUGAGCAUUUUAAAGGUACCCAAUAUCCAGUUGGAAGAGGAAUCAUGGCUCAAUCCCCGGGAAAGAAGCAUGACUAUACAGAGUCACUGCCUCACGUGGACACAGUAUGCCUCCAUGAAGGAAGAGUCUGUCUUCCGGGAGUGUAUGGAAAAUCCAAAUUGGACUGAGUUCAUUCAAAGAGGCAGGAUUUCAAUCAUGGGGGCUGGCUUUUUCAACUGCAUUUUGGAAGCUUUUGCCAGCACUUUCUUAAGACAGGGAGCCCAGAAGGGAAUUAGAAUCAUGGAGAUGCUGCUAAAGGAGCAGUGUGGUGCCCCCUCAGCCGAGUAAGGAACCAUCA